AUGGCCAAGGCUUAUACUACGUUAUCAUUGUCGUCAUCAUUGGUACGUAUCGUUCUAGUACUAUGGAAAACGGGUGUGUAUCUUAUCGAGGUAGGUUAUCUUACAACACGCAACGUGCAUUUGCUGGGAUCGGGUUUAUUCGGAUAUCCUAUGGUUGAUAUUGAGAGCUACUUGGCAUAUGGUGUCUUGUUGAAGUUUACAAGGUCACAGCUAUGGUUGGUUUUGUUUGAGGCAAGGAUACCAAUAAAGUACGACAAGGAUCAAGAAGGCUUUUCCUCGACCGUAUCACUGGGACGUCAAGAAUGUUAUUGUAUCAACAGCAAGGAGCAACAUCAAUAUGUAUUUUUGGUGCCAGCUGUCUUUACUCCGUCAUGUGGUUCUCGUUAUCAACAGCUCGCUUGA